CCACCUCAACCGACGCCAUCUUGACCGAGCAUCGGUUAGGGAAGGUUGUACGGGUUGUGAGGGCGGCGCUCGGGUUCGUUUAUUUUAGAAAUAAUAAAAGAAUAAGAAAUAAAGUUGAUCAGAAUCGAGGAGAAGCGGAUAGAAGAGAGGGGCUGCAGGUAAAACUCUCAGAAAUGGCAACGGGAGCGAACGCCACCCCGCUGGGGAAGCUGCACCCGAGCAUCGGCGCUAAGCGGGGUUUCGACGCGGGGCCGGGCACGGGGUUAAUGACUCCGCCGGGGCCUCCGGUCUCCUUCCCCAUGCAGAACUUUCCGCAGCCGCAGAUGCCCAGUUUACCUUUUCCGCAGUUCCCCGGAGUUCCCGGAGCUGGGUUUGCGAAUCCGGCUGCAGUGGGUUUGCAGUCCCAGGGUGGAGAUCAGAAGAAAAGGAAAAAGAGCCGCUGGAGCAGUGAGACUCCUGAUCAGAAGACCGUUAUCCCCGGCAUGCCCACGGUCAUCCCUCCAGGGCUCACCCGUGAACAAGAGCGAGCUUAUAUAGUCCAACUGCAGAUUGAAGACCUGACUCGUAAACUGCGUACAGGAGACCUGGGAAUCCCUGUUAAUCCUGAGGACAGGUCCCCUUCUCCUGAGCCAAUUUAUAACAGUGAGGGUAAAAGGCUGAAUACACGCGAGUACCGCACCCGCAAAAAACUGGAGGAGGAGAGACAUUCGCUCAUCACUGAGAUGGUUGGGCUGAACCCAGAGUUCAAGCCCCCUGCUGACUAUAAGCCUCCAGCUACCAGAGUCAGUGAUAAGGUGAUGAUCCCGCAGGACGAGUAUCCAGAAAUAAAUUUUGUUGGGCUGUUGAUUGGACCACGUGGCAACACGCUCAAAAACAUUGAGAAAGAAUGUUGUGCCAAGAUCAUGAUCCGUGGAAAGGGCUCUGUAAAGGAAGGCAAAGUUGGUCGUAAGGAUGGACAGAUGCUCCCUGGGGAGGAUGAACCUCUACAUGCCCUGGUCACUGCUAAUACCAUGGAAAAUGUCAAGAAGGCUGUGGAGCAGAUUCGUAACAUACUGAAGCAGGGCAUUGAGACACCAGAAGAUCAGAACGACCUGAGGAAGAUGCAGCUGAGGGAGCUGGCCAGACUUAACGGCACUCUCAGAGAGGAUGACAACAGGAUCUUGCGCCCAUGGCAAAGCUCUGAGCCUCGUAGCAUCACAAACACCACCUUGUGCACAAAAUGUGGAGGAGCAGGCCACAUUGCCUCUGACUGCAAGUUCACUAGCUCUUAUACCCAAAGACAAGGUGAGCCUCCCCAAUCGGCUCAGGAUAAGGCCCGUAUGGAUAAAGAAUAUCUUUCUCUAAUGGCUGAACUGGGAGAGGCUCCGGUUCCUCCUGCUGGUGGUGGACACAAUUCUACACCACCCAGUGGACCCAGAGGGUCUGGGCCUAGCAACAAUCAGCCCCCUCCAGCUCGUCCUCCGUGGAUGAACUCUGGCCCUUCUGAUAACAGGAACUUCCACAGCAUGCAUGGUGGUCAUGGUGGUCAUGGAGGCCCCCACAACUUCCCUCCUCCAAUGCCCAAUAUGGGCGGGCCACCCAUGCCCCCCAACCCCAAUGGCAUGCCCCCACCCUGGAUGCAGCCACCACCUCCACCCAUGGGCCAAGGCCCAGCUCCUCCUGGACACCCAAUGGGUUUGUUGCCCCCACCAAUGGGAAUGAUGCCACCCCCUCCACCUCCCCCAAACAGCCAGCCUCCCCCUCCACCAUCCGGGCCUCUGCCACCAUGGCAACAGCAGGCUCCACCACCUCCACCAACCAGCAGCAUGGCUACCAGUGCCCCACUGCCAUGGCAACAGAAUACGGUUACCACCUCCUCCCCAGGCACGGGUAAUUUGCCUCCCUGGCAGCAGCCCCAGCCCUCAGCUGCUUCAGGCUCCCAGCCUCCGCCGCCUAUGGGCAACCCAUCCAUGGUACCCCCUCCCCCAGGAGUUCAACCACCGUUGCCCCCUGGUGCCCCUCCUCCUCCCCCACCCCCACCUCCAGGUUCAGCAGGCAUGAUGUAUGCCCCCCCUCCACCACCACCCCCUAUGGACCCCAGCUUUGUCACCAUGAUGGGGAUCCCAGGGAUGCCCCCUUUUGGGAUGCCCCCAGCCCCUCCUCCACCACCACCCCAAAAUUAAACACCUCGUAUCUUAGUGGUGGCUCUAGAUCAACUAUAGAAGAUUCAAGAUAUUUGGACAACAGGACUGUAUCUGCUUGAUGUAUUGUUCAUGCAACUGGCUUUUGAACAGCUCUUGAUUGUGUUAAAUUUUUUUCCCCUGCUUGACUAAAAAGGGACUGGAUGGUGAAAGAGCGAGGAACGGAGUGUGGUGUGGCUGAGAUGUGUACAUUUGCUUAACUUAAUUUGUUUCUGAUUUUAAAAUUGUAGUGUUUGAUCAGUUGGUAAAUUCUUUGUGUUCCUUAAUGUGCAGGGAAUGGUAUGUGUGUUUUUGCAGGGCCUUCUUUUUCAUGUUUUGGCUCAGAUUAAUGUCAGUUUAAAUUGACAUUCCAAAUCGCAUUUAUUCAACAGAUAUGAUCUAUAAUAAGUAGCUGUUUGAUGCCAGAUGUUGACCACGAUUUGAAACACAUUGUAUCUAUUUCGUUUUCUUUAUUCAUAUCUGAAAUCUGACGUUUUUGUUGACAAUGUUGCCUUCCUUGACUAUUUUUGUAAUUCUGCAUUCAGCUAAAUAAAAGUUGAAAUGGCUUAACUUUUA